AUGUCACUACCGCCAUCUACACUGAACCAGAAAAGUGCGCGAGUAUACUCGACUGCGAGGGUAUACAAGGAUGCCUGUGCGCAGCGGUCGCAAGACUACUGGGACUACGAGCAGGGCAUCACAAUUAACUGGGGCAAGAUUAAUAACUACGAGAUCAUAAACAAAAUAGGCCGUGGUAAGUACUCAGAGGUGUUCCGUGGAAAAAGCAUUGUCAACGACCAUCCGUGCGUGAUCAAAGUUCUGAAGCCAGUGAAGAUGAAGAAGAUAUACCGUGAACUGAAGAUUUUGACGAACCUGACAGGCGGCCCGAACAUCAUCGGGCUGCUGGACAUCGUCCAGGACCCAGGCUCGAAGAUUCCUGCGCUGAUCUUCGAGGAAGUCAAGAACGUGGAGUUCCGCACGCUGUACCCGGCGUUCACGCUGUCGGACACGCAGCACUACUUCAAGCAGCUGCUUAUUGCGCUAGAUUACUGUCACUCGAUGGGCAUCAUGCAUCGGGACGUCAAGCCACAGAAUGUUAUGAUCGACCCCACUGAGCGCAAGCUCCGGCUUAUCGACUGGGGUCUCGCGGAGUUCUACCACCCUGGCGUGGACUACAACGUGCGCGUGGCCUCCCGCUACCACAAGGGCCCAGAGUUACUUGUGAACUUGAACCAGUAUGAUUACUCUCUCGACCUCUGGUCGGUUGGGUGCAUGCUGGCAGCUAUCGUUUUCAAGAAGGAGCCGUUUUUCAAAGGCAGUACCAACCCGGACCAGCUUGUUAAGAUCGCGCGCGUUCUCGGCACCAAGCAGCUGCUCGCCUACCUGGAGCAUUACGGUCUGACGCUUCCUCAUGAGUACGACAACAUCAUGAAAGACUUCGAACGCAAGCCAUGGAGUUACUUCAUAUCGGAUGACAACACGCUUGCCGUCCCAGAGGUUGUCGACCUAAUUGAUCAUUUGCUGCGCUAUGACCACCAGGAAAGGUUGACUGCUAAGGAAGCUAUGGACCAUGACUUUUUCAAAAAGGAGUACCCUUAG